AUGCUGCGCUUGUUGCAGUAUUGCAAGAAAGAGUGGCUCUGGCAUUUGUCUGGAUUCACGUUCCUGUUUGUGUAUUCAGUUACCCGCAUCUUUAUUCCAUACUACACGGGACAAGUUAUCGCAACUGUCGUCGAGACGAAAUCGUAUGACAAUCUCCACCAGGCCGUUUAUACGAUGACUGUUAUUUCACUCGUCAGCGGUGUCUGCGCCGGAUUCCGCGGCGGCUCUUUCGAAUACGCCUACUCACGAGUGGCCCGUUCCGUGCGAUACGACUUAUUCUGGGCAUUGGUCAAGCAGGAUGUCGCCUUUUUCGAUGCGCACAAAACUGGUGAGAUCGCGUCGCGCUUGGCCUCUGAUUGCCAAACGAUGUCAGAUACUGUGGCGAUGAACGUCAACGUCUUUCUCCGAAACGUGGUGUGCCUGGUCGGCUCGAUGCUUUUCAUGAUGACGCUCUCCUGGCGUCUCUCGCUCAUCACCUUCAUCCUCGUCCCAAUCAUCUUUGUAGCGUCCAAGAUUUUCGGAACGUAUUAUGACUACCUCUCCGAGAAGACGCAGAAUAACGUCGCGCAAUCGAACGAUGUGGCCGAGGAAGUGAUUUCCACCAUGCGCACCGUCCGAUCGUUUGCUUGUGAAAAUUAUGAAGGAGACCGAUUCUACCAAAGGCUGACAGACACACUAAACGUGACCAGAACAAAGGCCAUCGCGUAUGUUGGCUUUUUAUGGGUCUCUGAGCUCUUCCAAACGUUCAUCGUCGUCGCUGUCCUUUGGUAUGGCGGUCAUUUGGUGCUCGUUGGCAGGCUCAAGUCUGACCUCCUCGUCUCGUUCCUGCUCUACCAAAUGCAAAUGGCCGAUAAUCUGAGGCAGAUGGGAGAAGUGUGGACGGGGCUUAUGCAGUCGGUUGGAGCCUCGAGGAAGGUAUUUGAAUACAUCGACCGCGAGCCGACCAUCCAACACCACGGCAAGCUGAAGCCCGAGCGAUUGGCGGGCAAAAUCGAAUUCAAGAAUGUCCACUUUGCCUACCCGACCCGGCCUCAACUGCCGAUUUUGCGUGACCUCUCGUUCACCGCCGAAGUUGGACAAACGGUGGCCCUGGUUGGCCCGUCUGGCAGUGGAAAAUCCUCGUGCAUCGCCCUUUUGGAGAAUUUCUACUUGGCAAAUGCCGGACAGAUCCUUAUCGACGGCGUGCCAAUCGACGAAUAUGAACACCACUACAUUCACCAAAAAAUUGCCCUUGUCGGCCAGGAGCCAAUCCUCUUCGCUCGAUCUGUGGCAGAGAAUAUUGCUUAUGGUUGUGAGGUGACUGAGCAAGACGUCGUCACCUCGUCCCAAAUGGCCAACGCCCACGGCUUCAUCGUUCAAACGACGCAGCAGUACCAGACCAACGUCGGCGAGAAGGGCAGCCAGAUGUCCGGAGGUCAAAAACAGCGAAUUGCCAUUGCGAGGGCGCUCGUCCGGCAGCCGGCCAUUCUGCUCCUCGAUGAAGCGACGUCAGCGCUGGAUACAGAGAGCGAGUCUGUCGUCCAGGAGGCCAUCUCAAAGAAUUUGGAAGGAAAGACAGUGAUCAUGAUUGCGCAUCGACUGUCGACUGUGGAGAAGGCUGAUAAGAUUAUUGUCAUCAAUAAGGGUGUCGUGGAGCAACAAGGAACGCACGAAGAGCUUCUUCGCCAACCCGGCACCUACGCCACCCUCGUCCAGCGGCAAAUGCUUGGCGAUCAUAAGAACGCCCCGAAGGCCAUCAAGCCGUCUGGCGAAAGCGCGAUUCCCGUCUCACCACCCCACUCGACGGCCAGAAGCCUUUUGGGCACAUCAUUCUCCCAGUCGGCCUCCAGCUUCCAAUCCAAA